AUUCACACCUGUAAGAAAUGAAAUGGCUGAUUGAAUGGGCGCGUCUUUCCAAAGGACUAUGUGGUGGCUGCAUGCUGGCGGUGAACGUUAACUUCACGGAGGCAACAUGAUACACCAUCACUGGGAGAACUGUCCCCAGCAUCAAGACUUCACCAUGCGCACCAUCCAGACUAUAGAAAACCACAUCCCUGUGCUGAGGGAGAGCAUUGUCAGGACUCCUUUCACAGGGAGAACUGUGUGCCUGUUCAAUACGAGUACAAACAGACACAAUCCCCAUCAGACUCCCCGUCACAGCCCCUAUAACAGCCAGACUCCCCGUCACAGCCCCUAUAACAGCCAGACUCCCCGUCAGACUCCCUGUCACAGCCCCUAUAAUGGCAACACUCCCAGCCGCACUCCCCUUCACAGCCCCUGCCGCAGCCAGACUCCCUGCCGCAGCCCCUAUAACAGACACACUCUCCGCUAUAGUCCUUAUAACACCCGUUCUCCCCGCCAGACUCUCUGUCACAGCAACCACCUCUCCCUAGAGCCCAGCCAGUACCCAACUCACCAGCCAUGGUUUUCUCUACCCCUGGCGAGGAGGCAGCCGGCGGAGACCUCUUCUACUGUUGUUUCUGAAGGCUGUUUCUCUUCCUCCUGCCCUGCUAGGCUCAGCACAUUAUGCAGAGCAGCAGAUGGAGAGGAGGAGAGUGAGACGGGAGAGAGAGCAGGCGCAUGGAAAGAGGCUGCAGGGAGGAGGGGGAGAAGGGGAGCAGGGAGGGGAGGGAGAAGAGAAGGGAGAUAUCGCACUGGCGCAGGGAGGAGGAGAGCGAGAGCAGGCGUACGUCGUCUUCGCAUCAUCAGCAGUGCUCCUCUCAUCGUCGUCACGGGAAAGCAGCAUCACAGCCUCGCAGCAGCUACGCAGACGUAGACGGAGGAGCAGCAGAGAAAAUGGCAGCUGUUUUCAAAGACAUGGCCUGAGUCUCGGCGCCAGACAGAAGUGGAGGCUGAGAUUCAGCAUCAUGGGGAACCAGGAGGGGAAGCAGAAGAAGGGGAAAGAGGGGGACGGACACGGACAGGACGCAGCAGAACAUGCCACCGGGGAGCCCCGUCACGCUGACGGCACAAACAAAGGAUUUCACCACGGCAAGAAAUCCCACGGAAAACAUGGCAAAGGAGGAGGAGACGAGAAGAAGAAUAAGAAGGAGUCUAAAUCCUCUGUGUUCUCUAUCAGGAAGAGGAAGAAUCUAAAGGGGAAGGGAUCGACAGGGGGAUCCAGGGAGGAUGUGUUGUCGUCUCAGAACGAGCUGGACUCCGCUCACUCUGCUCACACCAAAACACCAGAUCUCUCUCUGUCAGCUGACGAGCUGGGCCAAUCUGACACCGAGGGACCAGCAGAGCCUGGUGAUGGGCAUGCCCACGGGGGCGACCGCGGACACUGUUCCAGACCAGCAGGGGAGGUUGAACAGAGAAAGAGGAGCAGCUCUGGUUCAGACCCGGACAUCUAUAGCUUUCACUCAGCUGCAGAACAAGAGGACCUGCUAGCCGACAUCCAGCAGGCUAUUAGACUACAGCAGGGGGUGAUUAUCUCCACCGCUGAGCUGAGUGAAGAGCUGGGUUGGGGAGGAGGGUGGAGGAAACAGAGGUCUGACGAGGUUAUAACUACCCCCAGUCCCACUGAACAAACCCCCCCACCGGAGCCUCUCUCUGCCCCAGAGGCAGCCCCCGUCACUGGCCGGGAGAAUGGCCUGCUUUCUAAACGGUCUCUGGAUGGGGAGGAGGAGGAGGCGGUGGAGGAGGAGAGGGGAGCUACCACUGCUACAGAGGAACUCAACUGGGAGCUGAGAGGGGCUGAAACAGAACCAGCCCUUUGUGCCUCCUCCUCUUUCUCUGGGACAAAGGAGCAGGAGGAGGAGCAGGCGGAGGAGGCAUUGAGCUGCCAGGAGGUUAACGGUAACACUCAGCCCCUCUCUCAGCCCCCCACUGCCCAGACGAACGGCCAUGUUACCAAGACAACCAGCGUUACCAGCUUCCCAGACCUCACAGCCUCCUUUGAGAGCGCUGUGGAGUCUCCCCUCAGAGAGGAGAAGGAGGUGUUGGAGGAGGUGGAGGAAGAGGAGGAGGAGGAGGAGGAGGAGAAUGACCUGGACAUGCCUCCCCUGUCAGCCGAGAGCCUUAGUCACAGUGAUGCGACCACGAGCCACGAGGACAUAGACCUGAGCUCUGGCAAUGCCUCCGAGGAAGAGGGGAGGGUGGGGGACUGGGUGGGGGCAGGGGUGGGGGCUGCAGUCAGCGUUGAGUCCCUGGAGUGUCUUAGCAGGGGGGAUCUGAGGUGCUCUGAGCCUGCCGACGACCCUCUGAUCACCCAGAGAAGGAAGAGCAGCGUGUCCUUCUCCCCUUGGCCCUCUCAGGAGAGCCCUAGCCUGGCCAUGCGUCUCCUCAAGUCCACCCUGACCUCCACCCUUCCAUCCUACAACCACUCUUCCUCAGGCACCAGCCCCACAGUCAAACCCUACCCUCCCAUUUACCCUUCUUACAUCAAGACCACCACCAGGCAACUCUCUGGCUCCCCAGGCACCUCGCCCUCACGGAGCCCCUUGUUCCGCCAGCGCUGCCACGACCUGGGACAUCGCACAGAGAAGUGGAGGGUUAGACGACAGCGCUCCCACAGCAUCGCAGGUCCCCUCAGCUGGUCCGCGGACUGGACCGAGGAGCUGGACAGGGAGCGCCCCAUCAAGGCAGGAUCAGCAGACUACCUGGAGGGGUACGGAGGGUCGGAGGACAGGCUGAGGGGGGGCAGUCAGCCCCUGUGUGCCACACGGAGAUCCUCCGCCGGACACGUGUCUACCUGUAGCUUCCACGACAUCUUCACCGGUCGUACUCUCCUAGAGAAGUUGUUCCUACAACAGGAAGAUGCCCAGCCAGAGGAAGCUGAGAAGCUGUGUUCUCGGAUUCUGGCCAUGGGUCUGUUACUACCCUUCACUGACUGCUUCAGAGACACACUAGGAGGGUCCAACCCACAACUCGCUGCGCCAUGCAAGUUCCACCAAGACCAGCUGUACACGUGGGCAGCGGUCAGCCAGCCCCCUCACUCCAUGGAACACUUUGAGGGCCGGGCCCCCCUCCCUGGGCACCUGAAGACCCUGUGGCCCCCACCCAGACCUGUGGGAGACGAUAGACCAGGCCUCAUGUACACCGAGGAGGAGGGCGAUGAAGAACACCAGGCAGCCAUCUUGGGGCUGAAGAGACAUCAGAGAGAAGAAGUCGGCCAACUUCAGGAGGAGUCAGUGCUGAAAACAGUGAAGCUGAAAGAGGAGCACGUCAAUGUGAUCCAGCAGUUAGAACAGACCAUUGAGGACCUGCGGACUAAGAUAGCUGAGCUGGAGGAACAGCACCCCCUGCUGGACAGAGAUAUUAUUAGCAUUAAGGAGCUGGAGGCUAGUGUGGAGGGGGGUCUGUACCGGGAGGUCUGUCAUGUAGACCUACAGACUGAAGAGAGGAUGGUGAAGGUCUGUCAUGUAGACCUACAGACUGAAGAGAGGAUAGUGAAGGAGGUCUGUCAUGUAGACCUACAGACUGAAGAGAGGAUGGUGAAGGAGGUCUGUCAUGUAGACCUACAGACUGAAGAGAGGAUGGUGAAGGAGGUCUGUCAUGUAGACCUACAGACUGAAGAGAGGAUGGUGAAGGAGGUUUGUCAUGUAGACCAACAGACUGACUGUCUCCUGAGUUGUCUGGAGGCCAAGUCUGUCCAGACGUCGCCUAUGGAGGAAAGCUAUAAGUUUAAAGUGCCUUUACCGGACCAGAUGCCACCCUUGUUUGUGAACGAGGCUGGAGGAGAGUCCUCUUUGUCUUCCUCCUGUCCCCUGAAACUCCCCCCAGAACUGGCCCUGUCCCUACCCAUACCCUUCUCCCCCAAGGUCGCACCAGCAUUUGUCUGUACGUGCCAACAACAGCAGAGUGGCAUUAAACCUCCCCCACCACCUCCUUUACCUGGUCACUCCAUGGCUCCUCCACCACCACCACCUCUACCAGGGGGUGCAAUGCCCCACCACCUCCACCUCCUCUACCAUGGGGUGCAAUUGCCCCCACCACCUCCUCCACCUCCUCUACCAGGGGCAAUGCCCCCACCACCUCCUCCACCUCCUCUACCAGGGGGUGCAAUGCCCCCACCACCUCCACCUCCUCUACCAGGGGCAAUGCCUCCACCACCUCCUCCACCUCCUCUACCAGGGGGUGCAAUGCCUCCACCACCUCCUCCACCUCCUCUACCAGGGGGUGCAAUGCCCCCACCACCUCCUCCACCUCCUCUACCAGGGGGUGCAAUGCCCCCACCACCUCCUCCACCUCCUCUACCAGGGGGUGCAAUGCCCCCACCACCCCCUCCUCUCCCUGGCAUGGGGAUGGCACCUCCACCCCCUCCCUUACCUGGGAUGAUAGGGAUGGGCCCUCCCCCACCCCCUCCACCAUUACCUGGGAUGGGAGGACCUCCUCCUCCUCCUCCUCCUCCUCCUGGCUGUGGCCCUCCUCCACCAUGUGCCCUGGGCUCCCUGGUCCCUCCGUUGCCCAUGGGACUGUAUGCUCUAGGCAUGGCCCAGGAGAAACCUCCCCGGAAAGGAGUGGUGGAGCCCCCCAGACCCAUGAAACCUCUCUACUGGACCAGGAUACAGCUCAACUCGGCUCAACACAAAAAAGAGGUGAGCACGUCGCUGGUCUGGGACAAGAUACAGGAGCCUGAUGUGAACUUUGAGGAGUUCGUAGAGCUGUUCUCCAAGACUGCUGUGAAGGAGAAGAAGAAACCACUGUCAGAUACCAUCACCAAGUCUAAAGCCAAACAGGUGGUCAAAUUGCUGAACAACAAGCGUUCUCAGGCGGUGGGGAUUCUGAUGUCCAGUUUACAUCUGGACAUGAAGGACAUCCAGCAUGCCAUCCUGAACCUGGACAAUACUGUGGUGGAUCUGGAGACUCUACAAGCCCUCUAUGAAAACAGAGCACAACAGGAUGAGAUGGAGAAAAUCGAUAAGCACAUCAAGUCAUCUAAAGACAAGGACAACGCCAAACCACUGGACAAACCUGAGCAGUUCCUGUUCCAGUUACAUCAGAUCCCCAACUUCUCAGGCCGGGUGUUCUGUAUCCUGUUUCAGUCCACCUUCUCUGAAUGGCUCUCCUCUAUCCUGCGUAAAUUGGACAUCCUGCAGAGAGUGUGCACGACCUUGCAGAGUGGCCAGUGUGUGAUGCAGGUGCUGGGUCUGGUCCUGGCCUUUGGUAACUUCAUGAAUGGUGGCAACCGAACCAGAGGACAGGCUGACGGCUUUAACCUGGAUAUCCUGCCCAAGCUGAAGGAUGUGAAGAGCAGUGAUAACACACGGAGCCUGUUGUCCUACAUAGUGGCUUACUAUCUGAGGCACUUUGACGAGGACGCCGGCAGGGAGACGUGCCUCUACCCUCUCCCUGAGCCCCAGGAUCUGUUCCAGGCUUCACAGAUGAAGUUUGAGGACUUUCAGAAGGAUCUGACCAGGCUGAAGAAGGACCUUCGAGCGUGUAACACUGAGGUGGAGAAGGUGUGUAAAGUGUCAUCUGAAGAUCACCUACAGCCCUUCAAGGACAAGAUGGAGGAAUUCCUCAGCCAAGCUAAAUCUGACCUGGAGAUCCAGGAGACGCAGCUCAGUGACACUCACAAGUUGUUCCUGGAGUUGACGGUGUUCUACCAGGUGAAGGCUAAGAUGGGAGAGAAGGAGGUUUCCCCCCACACCUUCUUCUCCGUGUGGCACGACUUCUCCUCCGACUUUAAAGACCUGUGGAAGAAGGAGAACAAGAUGAUCCUACAGGAAAGACUGAAGAAGGCAGAGGAGUGCUUCAGACAAGCCAAGGAGAAGGCUACCUACAGUGUCAAACCCAAGCAUGCUUCGGGAAUCAAAGCCAAGCUGGGCAUGAAGAUUUAAGACCGUUUACUGUAGAGAGAGACGAGGAACAACCACAUUGGACUGCAUGUACUACUACAGAUGAAUCACUUAGGCUUUAGAACAAGAACCAAAACGACACACUAUUCCCUAUGUAGGGCACUACUUUAGACCAGGGUCCCAUAGGGCUCUAGUCUAAAGUAGUGCACUACAUAGGGAAUAGGGUGCCGUUUGGGACACAAGAUACUACUUUUUAUUUUUGGACUCCAAGCAGCUGUCAGUCUGUCCGUCUCCCGGUCCUCCUGCCUGCUCUAUGGGACCGACUAUGCAGGCUUCUGUUAUUAGCUCAUCAGACACACAAACAUCAACAUCCAAUCAGAAAGAAGAGGGAAGCACCAUGGGGUCAGAGGUCACAGGAUGUCAUUAUACCAGAACUAUAUUUAUAGGAUGACUUCCACAGGGAAGUAUACUAAAGCAUACCUACUGUAGAGGUACUUGGAGCCAUCUUCUCCACAGUCCUACUCCAUACUGUAGAAGUACCUGGAGCCAUCUUCUCCAGUCCUACUUCCUACUGUUGAGAUACCUGGAGCCAUCUUCUUCACAGUCCUACCCCCUACUGUAGAGGUAUCUGGAGCCAUCUUCUCCAGUCCUACUUCCUACUGUAGAGGUACCUGGAGCCAUCUUCUCCACAGUCCUACCCCCUACUGUAGAGGUACCUGGAGCCAUCUUCUCCAGUCCUACUUCCUACUGUUGAGAUACCUGGAGCCAUCUUCUCCACAGUCAUACCCCCUACUGUUGAGAUACCUCGAGCCAUCUUCUCCAGUCAUACCCCCUACUGUUGAGAUACCUCGAGCCAUCUUCUCCAGUCAUACCCCCUACAGUACUGAUCUGAAAUGCCAAACAUGUUACCUAUUGAAGCUUACUGUAUACCAUGACGAGAUGUGUUUUCCAAAGCAAUAUAAAUGUGUAUUAGGCUCACUGAAACAGUGUGUACAUCUUAAAACACAACCUCAUUGGACGUGAGAGAGGAGACGUGUGAAGAGAAACAGCAGAACGUGAAGAAGGAAAACGAACACAGCCGUUGUCCAGGAUACAUCCCAAAUGGCACCCUAUUCCCUAUAUAGUACACUACUGUUGACCAGGACCCAGGCACCCUAUUCCCUAUAUAGUACACUACUGUUGACCAGG